UUCGUCACCGACCCAUCCACAAGCAGUCAAGGGAAAACUGACCGCGCGCGCUACCAGUUCGCACAAAAAACUGGCUUUAGCCUACGCUUGAUGUGGCAUGGCAUGGGGGUCUCAAAGAUGUCCUCCCACAUGGUGGACUUGCGGCCCUUGGCCGCACAGAAGAGACUCCGGACGCACAGCUCCGUCCUGCGGCAAAAAAAAUCUGCUCGGGGAGCACUGCGCGGCGCGCAGCGCGCGCACGCACGAGGUCUGCGGGGCGAAGCCAGCAUCUACAAGCUGGCUCCCUUGGCCAAGUGCCAGAUGGGUCCCACGGUCCACAUUUUGCGCUGCGCAGAAGUAAACAACAGAGAGCUGCAAUUAAACAACAAUCCUCGAAAUCCAUCCUCGAUCGUCCCUCCGCACGACCCCGCCCGCCUUAUACACGCCGCCGCAUUACUCACUGGCGUUCUCGGGCAACUCUGUGCCACCACAGCCAGGACGCGCGACGGCUUCAGGCCCAUGGGGGGGAAGGAGGAGGAGGAGGAGGAGGAAGAGGAGGAGGAAAAAGCAAGGGGAACAGAGAGAGGAAGAGUGCGCGGAUGGCAAGGCCAGCAUCUACAAGCCAAUUCCUGCCCGGGAGACAGCCUGUGCAUCCGUGGGCACCGGGGGGCGGCCUCACCCGGCGACGGGCGCCGGGGCGGUCUCACUGCCUCCCUCAAAGAACCAGCGACGACGGAAGCGCCGGAAGAAGCACGUGGAAGCAUGAAGCAGGAAGGCGGACGAAGCAGAUUGGGCUCGGGCCCGCCCAGAGGAUAACAGCUCUGGAAGUUGGAAGGCGAUGGAAGCAGAGCGGGAUCUGGGAAUCCACAGGCACCUGCUUUCAACGACCGGCGUGUACUCUCA